UUAUGUUAUAACAAUCAGCUGUUUUUGUAAUUAAAGUAUUAUACGUUAUGAAUAAUUUAUUUUUAUAGUUUUCCGAAUUACUUUUUGGAAUGAUUUUAAAAUGAUUUUAAAAUCGAAUGUACUAAAGUUGUUCCUUGGAAAUUCUAGAUUAUGGGCAAAAAAAGAUUUAGGUAUUUGCGAAAUUGUUGAGUUAGGAAAUGUUUCCCCUGAAAGAUCAAUUCCUAACCAUAUUCACAAACCGGAUUAUUAUUAUGAAUUUAUGGAACCUGGGUGUACAUUGGGAACGCCAGAAAUUAAAAGUCGCAAAGAAAUUUACUCUAUGAGAGAAAGUUGUAAGUUAGCUGCUCGAAUAUUAAAAUCCUGUACUGAAAUUUUAAAGGUUGGAAUAACGACUGAUGAAAUUGACGCUUACGUUCAUGAAAAAGUAAUAUCCAAUGGAGCUUAUCCAUCUCCUUUAAGAUAUGCAGGUUUUCCAAAAUCAAUUUGUACGUCAGUAAAUAAUGUUGCCUGUCAUGGGAUUCCUGAUGAUCGAAAGUUGUGUAAUGGCGAUAUUAUUAAUAUAGAUAUUACGGUAUUCUAUAAUGGUUUCCAUGGUGAUUGUUCAAAAACUUUUUUAGUAGGAGAUGUUGAUGAAAGAGGAAAAUUUUUAGUAAAGUCAACAAAAGAAUGUCUCUAUGGGGCAAUAAAUAUUUGUGCACCCGGCGUAUCAUAUAAUAAAAUAGGAAAAUAUAUCCAAAGAUUUGCAGAUUCCAGAAAUCUAAAAUCAAUUCCAGCAUUUAUUGGACAUGGAAUUGGUUCUUAUUUUCAUGGUCCUCCUGAAAUUUUACAUUAUGACAAUGAUAUAGAAGGUGUUAUGUUACCUGGAGUAACGUUUACUAUAGAACCAAUUUUAUCAUUGGGUAGUGCAGAAGUUGAACUUCAAGAGGAUGGAUGGACUGCGAUGAGCACUGAUUUAUCUAGAAGUGCACAAUUUGAGCAUACUGUUCUAAUAACUCAAGAUGGAGUUGAAAUUUUAACUGUUUCGGAUUAAUAUAUUAUUAUGUAUGUUUAUGAAAAUAGUAAGUUUGAUAUUAAAAUGUUUUAGAAGGUAAAGGAAAUAAAGUUUGUGUAUACAAUAUUUAUU